AUGAAAGAGUCAAUGUUAAAGCCUGUAAGAAUAGAGGCUGGUCUUGGCGAUCCACCCAAAGAAUAUACAAACAAUGACCCAGAAGCAGCGAAUUUUAUGGUGAAACAUGCCCUUAAAUUUGACUCAAAACGACCUCAUGAGUUCAUUGGUGAAAUAAAGAAUCUUAUCGAGACCCAAUUUCCAAAUGAAGAUCACGCUGUUUUUGGAAAAGGGCCAUAUGAAAUCCGUCCAGAAUUUCAGCACUUGGCAGUAAAUGACCAGCAGUGGAGCAAGCUCGGUAGUGAAGAGAAAAUGCAUAAACUUAGCAAGUAUUUAGAGAGUGGCAUGGGGGAGAAGAGGUUGUUGGAAAAGCAUGACACUGCCACAAAGGAAUCGGCUUCGGCGUCUGUAGCCAUGCUAUUGCCUGUAACAGCAUCUACCAGCGGCGUUACUACCGUGCCAAAGCCAAUUUUAGGUGCGAUGUUCGACAAAGCUAAUCGCCUGUUACAAGCAUCAAAUCACGUGGUCCCAAAACCAGGUGCAUCAGACGGCUUGUUCAUUGUUGCUGGUCAUGGAAACACUUUCCACGUUGUCACUCCAGGGAAAGGUAGUUCGCUCAAAUGUGAUGGAAACUGUGUCAACCAUUCUACGAGCAUCUGUGAACAUGUGCUGGCUGUUGCACAAGUCCGGGGGACAUUAAAAGAGUUCCUUACUUGGUACCAAAAGUCUAAAAAAGGUCCGCAGCUCCUCGAGAUGGCCUUAGACAGUGGUCCAAAGAAUGCGGGUAAGAAACCUAGCAGCCGUAAAAGGACCAACAAGAAAAAACCAGCUGUGACUCAAGUAACUGACCUUUUAAACCCGAGUGGUUCUUCGCCAAUCAGCCAUCCUGUUCUAACUGACGUUCCAGUAGCCAUGCCACCUGCCUUUCGACCUGUCGUUCCACCUGCUGUUCCACCUGUCGUUCCAUGGCCACCUGCCAUUCCAUGGCCACCUGUUGUUUCACCUGUCGUUCCAAAUGCCGUACCUCCUUUUGCUGAUCCAGGGAGUGGACAAACCCCCUUUCUAAGAGCACCAUUAUCCAUACCACCAUUCCACCUGCCUUUCACUAGCCAUUCCACCUGCCUUUCGACCCUAAUUUUCCUGGUGCUAGUGCCCUCAUUGUACCGAGUGAAUUCACUGCACACUUUCGAUUGGAACACAUCCGACUGUUAA